UAAUUGUCGUGAGCUCAAAGUUGAUAUAGUUGGUUCAAAUAAGAACAUCGUCAUCAUGUCGAGGUCUUCGAUGGCUAUCAACGAACAAUCAGUCAACCUAAGCCACCACUACGCUUUUGUAACAAAUUUCUUUAGUAAUGAAUAAGACGCGACUGUAUGAAUUCGCAUGCAACUCUGUUUUUUGACAUUCUAUUAUUCAUUCUGGUUUUUGCUUUCGUAUGCAAUUGAUUCAAAGAUUAUGAGAACCAACUGUGCAUGCGAAUAUUAACAAUAUUGGUUUAUAAAAAUAUAAGAACUUCGUGUGUUUUUUGCAAUAUGGUUAUUAAUUCGAUGAAAUUUAUGUGAAUACUCACUUCAAGGAAUUAUAGCGGUAACUGCGAAAAUGGAAUUGGAUUCGUGUGAUGAUGGGAGUUAUUAUGAUAACUUCGACAAACUUAUGCAGCAAUCGGACAAUUAUUCACUCGAUGAUAUCGAUGAAAUUUUACGUUCAACUGAUUCUCAUCUGGAUUCAUCUAUUGACUUUAACAACCUAACUCCCCACAAUAUUCGCCAUUUUGAACUUCCUUUGGAGGUGGAUCUUCAUAAUUCGUCAUCUCAAUCCAUUCCCAAUAAUGAUGAUUUCAAAUUUUCCCUGCCCUUGAGUUCCUGCGAUAUAGUAAGCCCUGAUAUAUGCACUCCUCCGAUCAAAUCUCAACGUACUUCGUCUAUAUCUUCUAUGGACGAAGACAGCUUUAAUCCAGAUGAUUACAUAAACUUUUUGAAAACAAAUGAAAAUAAAACGUACUACUUUGAAGAAAACGGGUUGCGGCAGAGAAAUACACCCUCUCCGACUGAAAGUUGCAGUAGUUCCGGGGGUAGCUCAACGAGCGGUAUUCAAAGUGAUGUCUCCUCGGUGGCCUCACAAUCUAAAACUUAUAUGGAGAAAAGCUUGAAUACGGAUGUCGAAAAUGGUACGAGUGAAGCAACAUAUAAUGGACAUGGAACUAUACCAGCACUUUCAAUUAAAGAGGAAAACAGUUUUAACUCAAUACACGCCGUUGAACAAACACAAACGAUUAUCCUUCCGGCUUCAAAUCCAAGUACCAUAGCUGUAUCUAUGCCAUUAAUGGUGCCAGUCAUGCCGGUUAAUACCAUUACUACCAACGCAACUGCAUCAACUACAAAUCUUCAACAAUUACAACCACUACAACAAGUGCAACCUAUAAGUGUUUUACCUGGCACAUUUUUUCCGGUUAAAACAAUUCCAUUAAAAACAAUAACUCAAACAAGUUCCAACAGUAAACCCGCGGCAUCAAUAAAAAUUGGACCAAAGCUAGCCCCAAAAUGUAACAUAAAUAGCUCAAACAAUAUUGUUAAAACAACCCACCCAGCAACAAACACAUCAAAUGCAACAAAGAUAGUUCCGCCAAUAAAUACGAAACCAAAAACUGUAUUCUUAACUCUGAACGAUUACAAAGCAUUAACUCAAAUUAAUGGAAAAUGUAUAAAGGGCGGCGGUUCAUCACCACCUAAAAUAUUGUUAAAAACAGCAAGUGGAAAAGUAAUAACGGCUAAUAAAGUAAUAUCUUCUAGUAUUGGCGCACCUUCCAGUUGUGCUCCAAAAGUGAUUAAGACAAACCAUGGACCUUUAGUUGUUAAACAGCAAUCAUCAAAACUCUCGCAUGGAACAGGAACCCCAAGGCUAUCAAUGAGUAAUGGUCCCACAAGUCUGAGUGUUUAUAAAGGUCUAAUUGAUGAGAAAAUGUGGAAGAAACAGCAGAGAAUGAUCAAAAAUAGAGAAUCGGCUUCGUUGUCACGUAAAAAGAAAAAGGAAUAUGUUGUUUCUCUAGAAGCACGUAUCAGCGACUUGGAAAAAGAAAACUGCACGCUUAAAGGGGAAAAUUCAUCUCUGCGUUCCCAGUUGGUUGCCUUGGCUCAAUCCUGUCAAUGCAAAAAUAGCAAUAUAAGUGAAUUCGUUUUAAAUACCUUGGAUAUUAAUGCGAAAGUAUGCGCCAGCGAUCACCAUGUAAAAAUCGCUCCGAAACCAACCGGCAAAAGUCUGAAGCAGCGAAUGACUGCCGCUAAUGUUAAAAAGAAUAUUGCAAUCCUUUUUGCAAUGGCUUUCAUGGUAUCUAUGAAUAUGGGAAAUUUUCAAAGCUAUAUGAAUAAAAACCACAUUGAAAAUUCCAUCGAUUCUGCCGCAGCUUCUGCUGAAGAACCAGUUGCUACAGGACGGCGAUUACUUUGGGCUGAAACGGAAAAUGAAUAUAAGCAAAAGAUUAAUAAUACUAAAAGAGAAGCUGAGAUGGACGUACCUCCAUUGCAUUUUUUGCAACCAGUGAAUAGGUCCAGAUCAGACUUGGGAAAUGAGCAAAAUCGUAAUGUAUCAACAAAGGAAAUACCAUUGACACCCUCUGCUAAAAAAUGUGCCAGCGGCUCGAAUUAUACGGAAAAUCAUCGACUGCAUAGCAAUUUACAUAAAUGGAUUGAUGUUAACGAUUAUUUGAACUUGAGCUUGUAUAAAAACAAUGGAAACUCUUUGGAAAAAUCUCUUGGAUUCGGAAAAAUUUCCUCGGAUUAUUACGAUAGGAAACCUUUGCAAUUGCCCCUCCAAGAGGCUGUUCCCGCUAUAAAAAUGAAACGUAAAAUAAUAAUGACAUCAUCAGUAGUUCAAAGCAAACAGUCGAAAUUGGAAUCAUCGCAAGGAAAUGAAAUUAAUGAUAAGAAUGGAGCUGAAAAUGAAAAGAACUCAUUAGAUAUAUUCAAGCCGAAAAUUAAUGAGGAAUACUUGCGGCUAUUUAAGGGAAUAAAGAGGCAAGACGACACCUUCUAUGUCUUAUCGUUCAACAUGGAUCACAUAUUAUUGCCUGCUUCUGCUUACAAUAAAAGUGCACGUCCCAAAAUGUCCCUCAUGUUGCCUGCUGGUGAUCCCUCAAUGAAUGGUGAUAUAAUACUAAUGCAAAUAGAUUGUGAAGUUGUCAACACAACUGAGCUAGAGUUGAAGUCGUUUAUGAUACCAGAAAAACUUCGCCCACAAAAAUUCGGAAAUAGCAAUUUUCAACCAACACCGAAUCCAAAUGACGUAAUGAACAAUGAAACACGUUCAAAGGAAGACCAUCGGAAGGAAAAGGGACAAAUGCCUCAAAUGCCCAAACAAAAGUCACCACCAAAGACUUACUAUAUGUUAGGACCAAGAUCAGCUGCUGCUGCGGCCGCUAUGAAAAAGAAGCCAACACUUGUAAGAUUGGGCAGCACUGAAAAUAUUGAAAAUAUCACACAUAAAGCAGAGACCAAUACAACAAUUUUCUCUAGAAUGUAUAACACAGAAGGGUGAACUGUUAUAUCAGAUACUCUUCUCUUAAAUAACAGAAAUAUUAUUAAUAACUAAUUAGCUUAUAUGAUAGUAAUUACAUAUUUAAUAUUUAAAUAUCAUUUAUCCUUUAUUAGCGUUAGUAUAAAAGUAAACCAACGCAAUUUUUUUAGUUAGUUUAUAAGAAUGCCGUAUUAUCGUUUCACAAUUAACAAUGGGCAAGCGUAUUCCUGAGGAAUACAAUAGCACAUGAAAUAUUUCGAUGCGUUCACAAACCCAAGUGUCUGCAGAGUACUUCUUUAAGAAAUAUGAUGGCUAUGGCGCAUCGUGAGCUUCCUAAGUUUUUCUUUCUCUAUAAGUGUAAAAGUAUUUAGGGAUUGCAUUUUAAGAGGCACACCUACUUCAAAUAUUUUUUGCUAUUUCGUAAAUCUCCCAAAGUCAUUAUGCCUGCUGCUAAACUACAAAACACGGCAUUUACAAUGACGUACGGUUGAGAGAAAAGGAAAACUUAACGAAACCACAGUUUUCGCACUAGGUGUGCAUUUUAAGGUGGCAAUAGCGAACCAAGUAAUAAAUAGAAGGUUUGCAAAUUUCCGUUGUAUAAAUAUGGGUUUGUAAAUAAAUAAUUCAUUUCAAUGUUAUCUCCAUAACCCGUCAGCAUGAGUAGAUAAAUAUUAUUAUUAAAUGUUCACUUGAGCAUAAUAUAUAUCAAUAAUUGAUGAAACAUUAGAAGAUUUAAUAGUUUUAGGUGACUUAAAAUUUGUUAAGAAUACAAUAUAUACACCUGUUUUGCCGUUCUUUUGACUCUUUACGUCUUGCUUGCAUUUGCUUUCCUCUAGGUAAACUCAAUUUGAAACAACAAUUAUACGUGCAUAUGUGCAAUAGUUAAAUAUGAUUGUGUAUGAUUUAUUUUAAUAAACACACAUUUUUAUAAACAACAAGCUAAAA